AUGUCGACCAUAUUCAGAGAGCGGGACCGGGAGCGCGACUGGGAGACCGGCUCCCACGGGGGCCGCAGUUACACGACAGUGAAGCGCUACAAGAUUCCUGACAACGCCCUAGAAGAAGACCGAUACGAGUCGGAAAUGCGUCUGGUGCACCGCGACCGUCCGCGCCACGAAGACGUCGAAGAGCGCAGAGAGGUGCGCAGAUAUACCAUAGACGAUCACGACGACCACCACGACCACCGAGACCGAGAAGUACGAGAAUACCGCUUCGUUGAGCGCGAGGUCGAGCGUGACCCCUCACCCCGCCGCGAGAUCCGCGAGUACCGCAUCGAGCGUGAAGUGGAGCGCUCGCCAUCCCCGCCGCCGCCGCCGCCCUCUGUUAGAGAGUACCGUGUGGAACGUCAAGUGGAGCGCGAGCGCGAGGUCGAGCGCGAUCCGUACUCACUCGAACGUUACUCAAGAUCCACCGAGUUCUUCCGUCCGGAGCAGCCACCGCCGCAACCCAUCAUCAUUCGCAACGAAGCGCCACAGCCCAUCAUUCUCCAGGAGUCGGCUCCCCAGCAGGUCAUUAUCCGACGAGAAGAGCCGUCAUACGAGCUCGUUGAGCGAACCGUAGUCGAAGACGACCGACAGAUUGCCCGCCGCGAGCCCCGCAGAGAAGAAGACUAUUACUACGAGCGAAAGGUCAAGGAAAUCGACCGCGGUGGCCGUCGCGAAGAAGGCUACGAUUACGAGCGCGAGUAUGGCCGCGGCCGCUAUCGUGAUAGAGAUGCGUAUAGCGACGAUGACGUCGUCUUUAUUCACAAAGAAAAGGAUACCUGGGGGUCUGGCCGUGACGUGAGUCCUCACCACCGCCGUCACCUCGCUGAGGGUGUCAUCGGCGGGGUUGCCGCAGCCGAGCUCAUGAGGCAUCGUCGCAAGAAGGAGGGAGAAGAUCCCGGCCACCACCUCCGUCAAGUGGCUGGGUAUGGUGCGUUGGGAGCUGUGGGUGCCGAAGCCAUCAGCCGCUACAGAAACCGCUCCCGUUCCCGAUCCUGGUCGGGCGACCGCGAGCGAGGUCGCAAGCACAGGAGCCGUUCUACGUCACGGACGAAGAAGUUGGGCACUCUCGCGGCUGUCGCGGGUAUUGGAGCUCUGGCAUACGCCGCAGGAAAACGUGGGAAGAAAGAAACUCAGACUACGAUCAUAGAAGAUCGCCGCAGCAGGUCUAGGCGCCGAAGGUCUUCACGCUCCCGUUCCCGCGCCGUAUCUGUUAAGAGUCAAGGCUCACGAGGCAGGUCGGAGAGUAGGCACAUGAGCCCUGAGCAUCGUAACCGACGUGCCGCGCAGGUCGGUCUGGCAAGUGCAGCAGUAGCUGGUAUCGUCGAACACGCACGGAGCAAAUCGCGCGAGCGGAAGGGUAAACGCAGCAAAAGCCGCGUUCGCCAGGGCGUCCCGAUCGCUGCUGCUGGCGUUGCUGGGGCGGCUGUGACGGGCUUAUAUGAGAGGCACAAGGGUAAGAAGGAGGCCAAAGAAUUAUCUAAGUCGAGAUCACGGUCAAGAUCCAGGUCGAGUACGGCGGUGAUCCUAUCUAUACCGAUCGUCCGGCGAGCCGCCACCGGCAUCGGCGUCGAAGCUCGUCAUCUUCUUCGGAUGGCCAACGGCGACGCUCUCGAUCAAGCAGAAGCCGGAGCAAAAGUCGGACACGGAAGGCGGCAGAGACCGCUGCAGUUGCUGGUGUAG